AUGACAAGUUUCAUAAGAGUGUUUGAUACAACAUGCAGUGGUAGAGCCCUGCAGCAAAAGCAACACCCCCGGGCGUGCCUCCCGUCCAUCCAGCACAGCCUCCCGUCCAUCCAGCCACCUGGGGAGGCGGCGGGGGAACAGGAGUCGGUGGAGGGCGAGGCGGCUGCGGCCGCGGUGGCAGGGGGAAGUGGCGCAAGGGGGACUGAGUCAGAGGCGGCUGUGACGGUUGAGGCGGCGGCGACUGCGGGGCUGGAGGGGGUUGCUGCUGAGGCGACUGAGAUGGUGGCUGCUGUUGAGCUUGGCGGGCCUGACGCUGCCUUUGGCGGCGGCUCAGCCUCACCCUCUGCCAUCCCCCAGGCGUGGCAACCAGAGGAGCCGGGACCACCAGUGGCUCAGGAACGGACCGAGGCGGUGGAGCUGGCGGCAUCACCGGAGCCUGUAACGGCGUCUGUGCUGGCUGCGCCGGUGACAGCGGCGACAGGGGAACAGGGCGGAGCCCAGACCGAGGAGGGUGCGCCGGUCGCCGGUGCGAACGCCGAAAUUUAUGUUGUUGCCGAGGGCGCAAGCACGCAGGGACACGACCUGGGGGGGAGCGGUAGACAAAGUCGCGGAGCUGGCGGGACUGCCGGCGCCGCCCGCGGGAAGACGACGCUUCGAGCCCAGCCAGCACCGAGGCGGCCCGGAGCAGGGCUGGGACUUGGUCCCCCGGGACCCCUCCUGGGCUGGCUUCUGCAAGGGCAGUUGCCACAAGGGCAAGAGCGUCACUUGCAAGAGGGAAGCAAGAGAUAG